AAGCAAAACAACCAAAAUGUCCUCCAACGUCGGCCUCUCCACUCCCCGAGGCAGCGGCACCUCCGGCUACGUGCAACGCAACUUCGCAUUCAUGAAGCCGCGCAACGCCGGAUACGGCGCGCCCUACCCACCCGUCAGCGGCGCGAACUCCUCGGACCACCCGUUAGACAAGCCCUUCAAACAGCGACAACCCGACAAGCAGAUCCUGGAACAUGAUCGGCGGCGCUUAAUCGAAGUGAAGGUUAUGGAGGAGAGGGAGAGGUUGGAGGAGGAGAAUGAGAGGAUUGAGGAGGAGAGAUCUAAGAAGAAGGGAUCUAAGAAGGAGGAGGUGAAGAAGGAGGAGGGUGAAGAGGAUGAGGAUGAGGGUGAAGAGAAGGUGUUGACGGAGGAGGAGAUUGAUGAGAGGUGUGAGGCGCUGAGGAAGAGGUUGGUUAAAGAGAUGGAGGAGGAGAGGGAACGUGCAGAGAAAAAUGGAGGAGAUGGGAAUGGUGGUGGUGCAGGGAGACGCGGUCGUAGGGCGUGGGAUUUGCCGCCUAAGGAGAGACGCCAGUUUAAGAGUUAUCAGGUGCAUGAGUUGGCGGAGGCGAAGAUUGAGGAGAGUGAGAGGUUGAGGAGGGCGUUGGGGAUUAAGGAGGAGAAAUAGUUGUUUUCUUUUUCUUUGACUUUUACUUUUACUUUCAUUGUUUGUGGUUGAGUGCAUGUGGGUGGGUAUCAUGAUUCUCUGUCUAUUACUUCAAGGUGUUAGUGGUUGGUAUGGGUGCUGGUUACGUUUUUAUUAUUGUUAUGGCUACGGCAGAUUCAUCCCCUCUAUACAUUGGGGCAAGCAGAUUAUUUGCAUCAUCAUCACUUUUGUAAAAUUGUAAGCGUCUGGUAUAUAUAUAUACAUUAUGC